GAUGCGCAACUUUGUUGCAAUAUGUUGUUUCAUUGAAUGAAGCCUGCCUGCUGGAAAUUAUGGUUUCGCCUGGCGUCGUCUUCGCCAGACCCUCCUACAGACGAGUGCCAUUCUUAAGCAUCAUAUUACUUCCUAUACUGACUUUACUGUCACUAAGAGGUACCCGGGCAGAGGUGUACUCGGGUGUUCCAAUUGGCUUGCGAAGCCUCUUCUUCAGCGUGGACAUCUGUACCUGGCGCUCAGACAUCCGAACGUCGCAGGCUCUGGAGGGCGUCCUCUUUGAGAACGCCGCGGCCCCGGGGCAGCCGACCAUCGAGGGGUUCUACCGUGUGUGCUCAUAUGGGAAAGUGUCAUUCAAGCGCGACAACGCAGCAUUCCUGGGCCCAUUGCGUGUUGCCUGCACCGGGGCAGUGUUGGCCGGGCCAAGGCCGCCACCCCUGUCGCCACCACGGCGGGCUUCCCCACCACCUCCACCCGGUCACGAACAGCCUGCUGCUCCAGGUGCAGCUGCUCGUGCAACGCCCACAAUAAUUGGUUCUACCUUCAGCCUCAGAAGGAAUGCCACGUACGAUGACUGGUGGGACUUCAGCAAAUACUGCACGCUGAGUGAAACCAAGGCAGUGCAAAGAGCAUCAUUGGACUAUGCUCAGCAGCAGGCAGCUGCCGCUGGCUUCGGUGGCCAGCAGUGGACAGCAAACCUUUCGGGGUUGGUGGCCCCACCAACGAGCCGGCUGCGGACAAUCUUCUUGACCCCUCUUGACACAAAGUGCAUGUGGGCUUCAUUUAGUGACAACUUCUGCACAGGUCCCACCUGCGCAGUGUUCAUGCGCAUGUCAGUGUCUGAUGUUGGCUUCUUUUAUACGCUUUUGCGAUCACUGCAAAAAACGCAUGGAGCGAUGCCGACAACAUUCAAUGGGAAGCAGUACCCAGAGGGUGACGUGGAUCCUGUCCCUGAACUCCUUGAAAUAACCUCUGCGGUGCUUGCUUCACGGUUCUAUACAAAGCCAUACGUUUGCCAUAACGCACCAUCCAUGUACCGAUUUGGCUGGGCCACAGCUAUUCAGGGUGGUAAUCUCUCGGCUGCCAACUUCACGUUUUCUUCUAAUAAUGGCUGGAUAUCUGGACUGCGGAUUCCGCCGGCAGCUGCCACGGACGCUAACUAUGUCAGCGUCAACCUGGAGCGCAUGGCAGCGAAUCAAAGUCGGAAUUUCUUGACGUUUAAUGGAAUACCUGUGCCCCCAACCAUCUUCAUCAGCUACCGUGUCAUGGAUCGUUACAGUCAGUUUGACAAUGGCAUGGCUCCGUCCCAAAAUGGCUCCGUAUUCAUUCACAAGCACAUUGAAAGCCAGUAUGAGAGUGUUCUUGAUAGCCCGGAGCUGCUGUCAGUCCUUCACGUGGACGGAGUAACGAGCUUUGAUACACCCAUCUUCUCGAAUUAUUCGGACAUAGCUGGCACAGGCGGGAAUGUGCGGGUCGUACUUCGACAUGUUUUGGGCGGACAGGCUGUCAUUGAUUUAUGCAGAAUUACAGCUGCAACUGAGUGUUCAGAAGGCACGGCGGCCUGCAGUGAUGGCGUGGAUCAAGACUGCGACGGUCUGGUUGAUGGAGAUGACCCGGAUUGUGACCCGUCCUCUUCCUGUGCUCCCAAGUCGCUGACUCCGCCGCUGCCUCAGCCGCCGAGGCCGCCCAGACCGAUAAAACC